AUGGCAGCCAACUUUAUCGGAUAUGCCAUUCAUCAUUCUGCCGCGAAUCCUGCCCUGACUGCGGUCGUUGGUUUGACGCUUUAUCUCUUAGGCCUCGCCGUCUACAGGCUGUACCUUCACCCACUAGCAAGAUAUCCUGGUCCAAAGUUCGCAGCACUUACGGUAUUUUACGAAUUUUACUUCGAUGGUAUCAAGCGAGGACGAUAUACCUUUGAAAUUCAACGGAUGCAUGAAAAGUAUGGUCCCAUUGUGCGUAUCAGCCCUAACGAGCUUCAUGUCAAUGAGCCCUCCUUCAUCGACGAGCUUUACGCUGGUGGUGGCAAGAGACGAGACAAAUACCCAUAUUUCAGUGCUCAGUUCGGGAUUCCGGACAGUGUAUUCGGAACGCCCAGCCAUGACCUUCAUCGGCUCCGGCGCGGUGCCCUCAAUCGCUUCUUUUCUAAGUCAUCGGUCAGCAGACUAGAGCCAGUCAUCCAUAACGCGAUUGAAAAGCUAGUUUCGCAGCUCCAAACACAUUCCGGAAGUGGCAAGCCUGUUGCCAUUAAUAUGGCGUUUAGUUGCGUAACGACAGACAUUGUGACGGAAUAUGCAUUUGCGAAAAGUUACAACUUCUUGGGAUCUCCAACCUUUGAGCCGAAUUUCCACCGCGCUAUUAUUGCUGGGACGGACAUGGGUUCAUGGUUUAAGCAGUUCCCGUGGCUCAUCACGCUGAUGAACAGACUCCCUCAGAACCUUGUCAUGCGGAUCAAUCCGGAAGCAGCGAUUUACGUGCGGUUCCAGGAGGAUAUUAGAGAUCAGAUUCGACUGACCCAGAACGACAUUGCUUCAGGAAGCAUUGGCAGUGGAUCUGAGAGAACUAUUUUCCAUGAGUUAUUGAUGGGUGAUCUCCCAGAGCAAGAGAAGAGAUUGGAGCGUCUAUGGCAGGAGGGGCAGAUCGUGAUCGGUGCGGGAACAGAGACCACAGCUUGGGCACUUUCGGUUAUGCUUUUCUACGUCCUUGAAGACUGUCAGGUCUUGAAAAAACUGAGAAGUGAAUUAGAGGCGGCCAUUCCCAACGUUGAUGAGAGGAUCAGCUGGAACCGGUUGGAACAGCUACAGUAUCUCAGCGCCGUUAUCUGCGAGGGGUUGCGUCUUUCCUAUGGUGUAAGCACACGGCUACAGCGUAUCAAUCCUGUAGGGCCGCUCAUAGUAAAGACCCAAGUCUCUUCUAGCAAGAACGAGGAGAAGAGCAUCAUGGUCGAGCAUGAGAUACCGGCAGGAACACCUGUGGGAAUGACAGCGACUCUUAUUCAUAACCACCCAGAAUUAUUCCCGAAUCCUAAGAAAUUUCAGCCAGAGCGCUGGCUGGAUGAGCAAGGCCGGCGCCAUCAUCAUUUGGACAAGUAUGUUCUGUCAUUUUCUCGCGGCAGCCGACAGUGUAUCGGGAUCAAUCUCGCAUAUGCGGAGCUUUACAUGGUAUUUGGGUUGCUGAUCCGCCGUAUGGGCUCUAGCAUGAGCCUUUUCGGGACGGGCAAGGAGGACGUCGAGAUCCACUAUGAUCGAUUCGUCCCCACCCCGAUAGAUGGAACAAAGGGAGUUCGAGUCGUGAUCUCCCCUACAGAAACUCAGUAG